AUGCCGUCGCUACACGCACUGCGUCUGGCUGCGAGUCUGGUCGUCGUGCUUUGUGCGCUCGUCCCUCUGUGUUGGGGGCAUGCGGUGCGCAGCCAGACGCGCGACUACGGCCGCUUCUCGCCCUCGUCCGUCAAGGCAACCGCUGCGCUAUCGGAUCCUUCCAAACUGCUCGAUGCGCGCAAUCCCCAAUCGCUGCUAUCUCGCAUCCUCAUCCCGCGCCCCGCCGACACGGACAACAGCCGCAAGGUGCGCGAGGCGAUUUUGGACGUCUUCCGGCACGACCUCAGCUCGAGCGCCUCUACCACCAUGGACUGGGGGAAGUCAGGAAAGCUCGGCUGGCACGUUGAGCAGCAUUCCUUCGUCACGGACACGCCCGAGGGCCGGAAGAACAUGACGAAUCUGAUCGUGACCAAGAACCCGGCGGCGCCACGCAAGCUGGUGGUGGCGGCGCACUAUGACUCCAAGUACUUUUCGGCGGCGUCGGGGAUGGCCGAGUUUGUGGGGGCGACGGAUAGCGCUGCGCCGUGUGCGAUGAUGGUCGACCUGGCGGUGGCGUUGGAUGAUGCGCUCGACGCACGAGAGCGCAAGCUGCACGCUCAGGAGCAGGAAAUGCAGAGUGUGGCGCAGGAGACAACUUUGCAGCUCGUGUUUUUCGACGGCGAAGAGGCGUAUCGCACCUGGACGCACACCGACUCGAUCUACGGCUCGCGCGCGCUUGCUCAGCAUUGGACGUCCACCUUUUGGGACGCCACCCGAUUCGACGCGACUCGAGGCGCAGCCAACGCGUUGGGGAAACGAAGGGCGCGUAGUGCGUAUGGGCCGAUCGAGCAUAUCAACACGAUCGAGCACAUGGUGUUGCUCGACCUGCUCGGCGCCGCCGAUCCUUCGGUACCUUCGUAUUUCGACAGCACGCAGUGGAUGCACGGCGCCAUGGCCGAUGCCGAAACACGCCUUCGGGACGCCGGCGUACUUUGGCCCGCAGGCCACUCGGGUGCACGCUCGUUCUUCUCGCACCACAAGCCAUGGGGCGGGAUCGAAGACGACCAUCUCCCAUUCCUGCAUGCUGGCGUACCGAUUCUGCACAUCAUCCCCUCGCCGUUUCCGUCGGUGUGGCACAAGAUGGCAGACGAUGCGCGUGCGCUCGACUAUGCCACCAUGCAUGCGUGGUGCAUGAUCCUCCGCCUCGCAGUCGCCGAGUACCUCGACCUCGACAUAUCCCCCCCGGGCAAGCGUAAGCGUGAGUACAAGGCCGAGCUUGCAAUCUCGAAAUCUCCCACGUAG